AUGUCCUCGUAUACGUUUGGGCAAAAAUCUUUCACGCCAGUGCCACCCGAAAAGGGUAGUUUUCCUCUCGAUCAUGAAGGCUUCUGCAAACAAGUAAUGAUCGACUAUCUUCGAUGUCUAUUAGAACAUAAUAAUCAAAAUACAAUGUGCAGACAUAUUGCCAAGGAUUAUCUCGGUUGUCGAAUGGAUAAAAAUCUUAUGGCGCGUGAAGAUUGGUCGAAAUUAGGUUUCACUGAUGAAAUAAAGAAAACGUAACAGUUUGACAAAUAUUUGCGUGAUUAACAACGUAGAGAUUGAUCAUCAUCUACGUAAUAUCUCUGUCACUAUUUGUAUUCCCUUACUAUAAGCAAUCUUGCUUACAGUUACAAAUAUCUUGAAUACCACUUUAAAGUUCAUAGAAUAUAUUGUUCUCAGACUACGAUAAGUUCUUGGUACGUCUUUUUAAGACAGUUAAUGUUUAUGCGUUCUAGAAAUCUAUAGAAGCUAGAGUGCGAGUUCUGCUGCAUGUGAUUCAUCACAUUUAGAAGAGUAUAUAACUGCCAAUAUAUAAAGCAAAAAUAAUAAAAAAGGGAAGAACUUUGGAAGUGAUUUAACGAAGCAUUUAGAAGAAUCCGUUCAAAGGAAAGUGUCGGUAGUGCUUUAGAGCUUUAAUGAGAUUUUAAAAAGAGUAUAUAAAUAUAUAUAUAUACAAUUGUUACAAUGUAAAUGUAGUUUGUGGACACUGUUUAAAGUAUAUCGAGUAAAUAAGAUAUACCAUACGUUAUUAGAAAAAGAAAAAAUAAAUAAAUAUACAAGAUAA